GGCAGGUGUUGGACGACGACGGUGGUCGCACAUUUUAAUUCGUUCCGUGCGUGCUGCCGACAUUGUUCCACACGUUUUUUGUUACAGGUUGAAAACCGGAUCAUUCAUUUUCGUGUUUUGUGUAUACGCUUUCCGGCUCGGAUCGAAUUAGACGAACCGCUUAAUUGAAAAAUGACGCAAAAUAAUGGAACGCUGGACGAUUACGCGUGUUCACAAGGAUUGAUUUUGCCAUUGAUCAACGAAUUCACGUGGUCGGUGGAAAUGCGAGCGUUUCUCUAUCUGCUCGGUCUCCUUUACUGUUUCAUGGGCGUCGCCAUCAUCGCCGAUAUUUUUAUGGGCGCCAUCGAGAAAAUCACUUCCACAACGCGCAAGGUGUAUCUAUCAAGAGGUGGAUCCCAAGAGCCUGAAAUGGUUGAGGUGCGCAUCUGGAACGGCACGGUCGCCAAUUUGACCUUAAUGGCACUCGGCUCAUCAGCACCUGAAAUCUUAUUAUCUAUUAUAGAAAUUGUGGGGAAUAAUUUCGAAUCGGGCGCUUUGGGUCCGGGUACGAUUGUCGGCUCUGCCGCUUUCAAUCUGAUGGGCAUUAGCGCCGCUUGUAUUCUUGCCAUUCCUGGUGUCGAAUCACGAAAAAUCAAAGGACUUCGAGUAUUCGCCGUCACAGCCGUGUUCAGUAUCUUUGCCUACCUCUGGUUGAUCAUCGUGUUAGUUGGAAUCAGUAAAAAUGUGGUGGAGGUCUGGGAAGCCGUGGUGACAUUUCUCCUGUUCCCUUUACUCGUUGGCGUGGCCUAUUGGGCCGAUAAAGGAUUUCCGUUCAGAAAGACACACAAAAGCAUCCCGACUACAAACGACAAGCAAAUCGAACUUGGCGCAAUGCUGUCGGGGGAGGGUGAAGCCAUGCUGGAUGGACUUGCACUCACCAAAGACGGACAUGUGGAUCCCAACGUUUUAGCUAAAUGGGUCCGACAAGCCUCGCUCAGAGGUCUCAGUGGAGAGGACGCUGCUAAAUUGGCUGCAUACAAGUUGAUUAUGAGCCAAGAACAUUCCAAGGCCUGGUAUCGGAUCGGAGCGACUCGUGUGUUUUCCGGCAGUAAAAAAGUCCAGCCCCAGCUCAGCAUGAAACUCAAAGAGGUUUAUGAUGCCAUAAACGAACACCCAGAAACGGAGAACUUGAGCCCUUUGCCCGACAACAUCUCUAAAACUAAAGCAAUCAUCGCAUUUCACGCCAUCGCCUGUGCAGUGCCUGAAAAUAUCGGAAAGUUCCCCGUUCGAAUUGUUCGCAGUGGGAGGACAGAUAAUGCGGUGUCUGUAAGAGUCGAGACGAUAGAAGGCAGUGCCGUGGCAGUAGAAGAUUAUGUGGCCUUUAAUCAAGUGGUUUACUUCGAGCCCCACGAAGUUGAGAAAAAAGUCAUUGUCGAUAUUGUAGAUGACAACAUCUACGAGCCCGACGAGCAGUUCUAUCUCAAACUGAGCUUAACUGGGACCAACACGGCCAAUCAGGAAGAAGUCUUGCUUGGACGCAUUUCGAUCAUGGAAAUCACUAUUUUGAAUGAUGACGAGCCCGGCACAAUUACUUUUGGAGACAGAGGCAUUAUAGUUAAAGAAUCAGUGGGUUUAGCGCAAAUACCUGUUUUACGCACCAACGGUUGGGACGGUGAUGUUAGCGUUCGCUGGCGUACAUUAGACAAGAAGUUAAAAAGUGGGAAAACCUAUAAAGGACUGGAGGGCGAGUUGGUUUUCAAGCACUCCGAGAGGAAACGUGUCAUUGAAAUUGCAAUUUCGAAUGACAUGGCGCUGGAGAAAGACGAGUGUUUCGAAGUGGAGUUGUUUGAUCCUUCCAAUGGGGCCGUCCUUGGUCAUACAACCAAGUUGGCCGUAACCAUCACCAACGACGAGGAAUUCAAUUCGGUCGUGGAUCGGCUCGCUGACAUGACGACUGCCACCAUGGAUUCGAUGGUUGUGCAUCACGAUUCCUGGACAAGUCAAAUCAAAGAUGCCAUGAAUGUAAACGGUGGAGACAUUGAGAACGCUACGACUUGUGACUACGUCAUGCACUUUUUGACGUUCGGAUGGAAGAUUAUCUUUGCAUUUGUUCCACCCGCCGGAAUAUGGGGCGGAUGGUUGUCUUUUGUUGUUUCGUUGGGUGUCAUUGGCAUCCUGACUGCCAUCGUAGGAGAUUUGGCUGGCAUUUUUGGUUGUCUCGUCGGACUGAACGACGCCGUUACCGCCAUUACAUUUGUGGCGUUGGGGACAUCCCUGCCGGAUCUUUUUGCAAGUCGGGCUGCCGCGAUUAACGAAAAAUAUGCCGACAACGCUAUUGGAAACGUGACUGGAAGUAAUUCGGUCAAUGUCUUUCUCGGCUUGGGUCUUCCUUGGCUUAUUGCCAGUAUAUACCACACGGCAAAGGGUGGAGAAUUCCGCGUGCAAGCCGGAAGUUUGGGAUUUUCCAUCACCAUUUUCACAAUCACGGCUGUUUUGUCUUUAGCGCUGCUGGUAGCACGAAGAUGCUCGGCUAUUUGCGGUCGUGGAGAAUUAGGAGGACCGUUGGCAACUCGUUACGCGUCGGCCAUCUUUUUGUUGCUGCUCUGGAUGACUUACAUCCUUCUCUCGUCUCUAGAAACUUACGGCCACAUCGAAGGUUUCUAAUCAAAGAUUAUAGGUGCCAAACAAAUUCAUCUACUGCCUCUUUUGCGACGUUCCAUUUGCAACUCUUCCCAGUGAAAAUUAUUCAUUUCAAGUGCCAUUUUAUAAGAUUUUUUUUUCUAUUUCACUACACUGCCCAUGAGUUGCGUUCAAAUAAUUGAGGAUCCAUUUGCAUCUGUAUGCAAAUGGGUGCAAUUUAUUACCUCCAGCUCGGUGCUGAUAGACCUUAUUUGUGAAGUCCAGAUCCCAGUGGAAUCAACCUGCUGCCUGUAAUAAGGUAAAUGUUUGUUUUCUCUUAUUUCAGAGUUGUAAGGAAACGUAGCAGAAUCACCAAUGCAAUUUCACCAUCACUGUUGAUAAUUUAGCACACUUGAUUUACAUACGACUUUGUUCCUGUAUCUUUUUUUAAAAUUAUUUCGUUGAUCCUGUUUUAGUGUGUUGCGUGGCAAAAUGCGGCGACAUUGGUAUAAUAAUACUUUGACAAUUAGACAGUUGAUUUAUUCAGUCUGUGUAGAAGAUUUUUGGCUUUUGCACAAGGGUUGUUUGCAAACCUUUUUUUAUUUGACUAUUUUCUUGAACUGAAUAAUCAUUCUCUCUAUUGUAAACAUUUCAUCAAAUUGCGUAAUCCCGGUGCCACUGCGUGAGUGAAAGUGUUAUGUUUUCUCUGCUACACUAGAUGGCAUUCGCAUGCUGAAACUUGAACGUACGGAAACUGGGAAGCUUUCGGUUGCAAUCCCGUCCGUUUCCAAGACUCGAUGACUCACGCUAUCAAAAGUUUUUUAUUUAUUUGUGUUUUUGUCUGGUUUUUUACAAAAUGGCCAAAAGGGAAAUCUUGACGAAUUUUAACCUUCCAACAAUCACAACGACCACAGAAGAUCUUUAGACAUUUUUGGGAGAAAACUCCAUCACGUUCAAAUUGGUCACUUAACAGGUAUCACGGAAGUAAAAACGUUUCAACUGACAGUCGAGUAGAAUUGCUGUGAUGAUUGAUAUAUACCAAGUUGAUGGACUCAUUUGAGUCUUGAUACAAACAUUGAUGCAUGCAUUACACAGUCCUAGUGAUAAAUAGAAGAGCCAAUCACGAACUAGCAGUCGGCCAUCAUGAAUUUUUCCCCUCUCCCCUUUUUACGACACAUGCUCGUCGAACAGAGUGACCAUCACGAAUCGGGAAUAGACUACGGUCCACAACAAGGUCACGCCACUAAUAAAACAGCUCGCCGUUGCUUGCCUAAGUAAACAGCGAAAACAAUUUUAUUGUCCGACAAGAAACGUCUCUUUCCUUGCAUUGCCAAUGUCGGUAUGUUAUUGACACUGAACAGCAAGGAGUGCAAACCAACGAGGAAUAUGCAGCCGAAUUAUUUUUCAGUUUCAAAUGUGGCAUCAUUGAUAGAGGCGUUACAUUUCCUUUCGCACAUACAGACGAUAGGAAGCGUGAUUUCAGGAUUGCAGUACUGUGCAGUUUUUGUGUGUACGUAUCGUUCGUCUUUACACCAGAUGUCCUCUGCGGCGCCCCGUCGUGAGGCGAAGAAACAUACCUCCAGCUCAACAUUACAUUACUGCCAGUCACGCUGCACGAACGCUUCUUCGUCUGCUUGGUGCCUCGUGAAGCAAAGGAUCGAAGGCUUUUAACUUUUGGUGACGAGUGCGUUUACGUUUCGUUCAAAGUUUCGCAUUCGUAAGUCGUGAGAGGAAAUCUGAGAACAAUUCGAAUACUUGCUGGAGAAAUCGCCUGUGGAAAGCAUGGGAUCGUCAAGCUCGUCCAUG